AUGGCUGCUAGAAAUCUUUCCAACAAAGAUUAUGCAUCCAAUCAUCAAUCUGAUAGGAUCGACAAGAGCUUAGUUUUCAAGAUCUGCCAAACAGAUUUUUGCAAAUGGGUUUAUUUCGCAAACCCAAGAAACAAGGAGCUUGUGAAUGCAACAAACGGGUUUUCGCAAGAGAAUCUAUUAGGUGAAGGUGAAUUUGGUUGUGCAUACAAAGGAUAUUACCUGAUGGGGAGAGUGGUUGCUGUGAAACAUCUAAAGAUUGGUGAAGGACAAGGUGACCAUGAGUUCAAAUCCGAAGUUGAGACACUUAGCAUAAUCCAUCACAGGCAUUUGGUUUCUAUCAUGGGGCAUUGUAUCUCCGGUGAUGGUAGAUUGCUCAUUUAUGAUUAUGUCUCUAACAUCGACCUCUACUUCCACCUUCAUUCAUCCAAAGAAGUUCUGGACUGGGCAACACGUGUUAAAAUCGCUGCUAGUGCAGCUGUGGACUACCUUAUCUCCAUGAAGAUUGUCAUCUGCAUAUCAUACACAGAGACAUUAAGUCAUCUAACAUUUUUAGAGGAUAUUUUUGAUGCUCGGGUUUCUGGCUUUGGUCUUGCAAGAUUAGCUCUUGAUUGGAACACUCACACCAUCACACGAGUUAUUGGAACAAUUGCCCUCUAG